CCCACGAUCUUCAGAUUCAAGAUGGCUGCUGGGGACUACAGCGGCAGGCCUCCCUCCCUAAAUUUCCCCGGCCCAGGGCCUUUGGGAAAUGGCCAGCCCAGCAACAGUGGUUAUUCAAUGCCUACGCCUGCAAGGCGCCCCAACCCGCAGUCGGGGCCUGGCGGAGAAGAAAGCGCCGGUGUUGCAGCUGGAACUCCACCGAAUGUGCAGAACUCGAUUCAGCGAGCGUCAGCUCAAAGCGCUGCGGCAAGGGGGGCCUCCGGAGCAACGGCAUCGAAUGUUUCCGCUGCGAGUGUACCAGGAACCCAUUCCUCACUGGCGUCAGCACCACCGGCCGCUGCUGUUUUGGUUUACCGGGAGCCCGUGUACAACUGGCAGGCGACGAAAAGCACCGUAAAGGAACGGUUUGCUUUCCUGUUCAAUAACGAGGUUCUGAGUGACGUUCAUUUUCUGGUGGGGAAAGGUAUGGGAGUGCAACGAAUACCAGCACACAGAUUCGUUCUCGCUGUGGGCAGCGCAGUCUUCGAUGCCAUGUUCAACGGGGGUAUGGCGACCACCUCAACGGAAAUCGAGUUGCCAGAUGUCGAACCUGCAGCCUUUCUGGCAUUACUGAAGUUCCUGUACUCUGAUGAGGUCCAGAUAGGGCCUGAGACGGUGAUGACCACUCUGUACACGGCUAAGAAGUAUGCAGUGCCAGCCUUGGAGGCCCACUGUGUGGAGUUCCUCAAGAAGAACCUGCGGGCUGACAAUGCCUUCAUGCUGCUCACUCAGGCUCGACUUUUCGAUGAGCCCCAGCUUGCCAGCUUGUGUCUAGAGAACAUCGAUAAGAAUACCGGAGAUGCGCUCGCAGCUGAGGGUUUCACUGACAUAGAUCUGGAUACUUUAGUGGCUGUGCUGGAGCGGGACACUCUGGGGGUGAGGGAGGUGCGUUUAUUUGUUGCGGCGGUACGCUGGGCAGAGGCAGAGGCCCACCGGCAGCAGCUACAGCCCACCCCAGAGAACAAACGCAGGGUCCUGGGCAAGGCCCUCGCCCUCAUCCGCUUCCCACUCAUGACUAUCGAGGAGUUUGCCGCAGGACCGGCCCAGUCCAGUAUCCUGACAGACAGGGAGGUGGUGAGUCUGUUCCUUCACUUCACGGUGAACCCAAAGCCCCGCGUAGAGUUCAUCGACCGGCCUCGCUGCUGCUUACGGGGGAAGGAGUGCAGCAUCACACGCUUCGGACAGGUGGAGAGCCGCUGGGGCUACAGUGGGACCAGUGACCGUAUACGGUUUUCAGUGAACAGGAGGAUCUUCGUGGUUGGCUUUGGCCUCUACGGCUCCAUACACGGCCCCACAGACUACCAAGUCAACAUCCAGAUCAUUCACACAGAUAGUAACACAGUGCUGGGUCAGAACGACACAGGUUUCAGCUGUGAUGGCUCAUCCAACACCUUCAGAGUCAUGUUCAAGGAGCCGGUGGAGAUCCUACCCAACGUCAACUACACAGCCUGCGCCACACUCAAGGGUCCUGACUCUCACUAUGGGACCAAGGGAAUGCGUAAAGUGACUCACGAGUCGUCCUCCACCGGCACCAAGACCUGCUUCACCUUCUGCUACGCCGCGGGCAACAACAACGGCACCUCGGUAGAAGACGGACAGAUCCCCGAAGUCAUCUUCUACACCUAGUCCCCUCUAACCUCACGGUCACUGGACUGCUGAGAGACUCUGGCCCAAUUGCCUAUCUACCCCGUGGCCCUUCCUUAGUCUGAUUGUACGUGAUUGGUUGGAUUGUGGGAUGUAGUGGAAGCCACGCACCCAGUUCUGUCAGAGUGGUGAGGUCACAGAGGGAUCAAGGUCUUUAUCCCUCGCUCAACUCCCCCUUCCACUGACCAUGGAGAGGGGUCUGUUUGAUGUUGAGGGAUGUCGGCUUGUUACUUUGACAAACGUUUUGUCUGCUGAGAGAGGGAGGACUGGGCCUCUMUACUGGGGUUAAAACCCAGACUGGGAAGAGUCAUAAACUGGUCAGAACUAUUGACUCUUACUUGGGAAAAGGAGGAAAGCUUGACAUGUAUUUACAGAACCACCCCUUGUAUGGUCAUCCAGCUACGCCGAUGUAUAUACGAACUUACUGUUACACUACUGAUCAGGAUCCAUCUGAUUGACCCACCAUGCUUCCCCUGACUUGAAUUCCAGUCCCUAGCCCUUUAGGAUGCACAAAAACAUCUUUAAACAAUGUUUUUAACCAUCAGGUUAAAAUGUUGUCUUUGGACUCAUGUCAUUUGCCUUUACAGGAUAUUCAGCACAUAGCUUGUGUUUUGUUCUGCCUGUUCUACAUGGAUUUACACAAGUUUAUGGCUUGUAGUUGCAUUAAGAGUCGGCUUGUCCCUUGUCAGGUGGACAAUGCAAGGCUGCAGGAUGUUCAGCUCUCGCUACCACUACGAAAUAGUCGGGUCCAUAAUAGCCGCCUUUGGCAAUGAGCAAAAAAAUAACUAAAUUGGAGGUGUAUUGUUUGAGGAUAACAGCCUUUUUCUAAACUGUUAAGAAUAAAAUCCCUAGGGCAGUCUAAGGCUGAUGUUGAUUGUGGGCAAUUUCAUUUGGGCUUAAAUGUUCUGGUACUUGGAAGGAAAACAGCCCCAUCAAAGAUCUACCAUAGGUAAAAGCAUCUUUAUUUCCCAAAGCCAUUAAUCAGACUCCAGGCAGUGCCAUACACACCAGCUCAUCUUGAUCAAGGGUGCAAAUAAGUAUUAACCAAAGCCAUCAUAAUAUACAGCUUCCGAUUGAAAUGUAGGUCAUUUCCGCCUGAGUAGAACAUACAAAUGCAGUCCCCACUAAGAGGAAACAUUGCCUUUAAAGCUGAACUUUGAUGCAGACUGAAUUGAUAGUCUCACACUGCUGGCCAAGGAUCUUUAGCAUGUUUGCAUGGGUCAAAUGAAGUAUUCAGGGAACAUUACAGAAAUAGUUACUGGCACAUUAAUGAACAUGUGUCAAGGUAAUGAUUGUAUAACGAAAUUACCUUGUUGUACCAUUUAUAUACUAACGAUCCACCAUCAACUCAUAAUCACUAGUUACCAUUUUCUUAAUUUCAGACCAUUCAAAAGCCAAUAAAGACAUCCACUCCAUGUA